GAAAUAAUAAUAAAAAAAUAUCUUCCUUUAAUAGUGGAUUAUUUUUUUUUUUUUCAAAAUGAAGUUCGUUUAUAUUUGUUUCCUUAGCACCUAUAUUAUUGCUCUCUUCUUCAACAUAGCUAUAUUUGCUCAUCCUCAUUGCGUCAGUACUAUUACUGAGAUAAAAACUAUAACCCAUCGUCCAAGAACUACUACAACUAUCACAAGGAAAGUUACUACUACAUCUGCUACAGUUAAAACUUCAACUACCUUCUACACCAUAACUAAUGCUUGUAAAAAACCUACCCCCACACCACCACCACCAGCUAAAAUUAAAACGGCACCGACACCUCCUCCUAAAGUUCCUGUUGCCAUCGCUAAGAUCAGCAAGGCCCCUCCUAAAGCUCCAACUCCAACAGCUAAAGCUAAAGUAGCUACAGUAGCUAAAGUAGCUGCUAAAGCUAAAGUAGCUACAGAAGCUAAAGUAUCUGCUAAAGUAGCUACAGUAGCUAAAGUUCAUUAUGCUAAGACUGGUACGACGGCUAAAGUCAUAAAAAUUAAAACCGUAAAAAAGGUCACUAUCCAUAAAACAAUUCAAUCUGCUCCUAAAAUAGUACACGUUAAAACAGUACAAAUUAAAACAGUUAAAUCAGUUCAUAAAUCAAGUAGUGGUGGUUAUUAGAUAAAUCAUCAAUUUUUGUAAAUAGUUUUUCCUUGAUCUUUUAGAAUGUAAAUAAUUAUUUUAUUAAAAAUCUUGUACAUAAAAAUAGUUUUUUUUUCCUUAGAUUAGAUUUAUUUUUUACAUUCUUAAGAUAUUUUUUUUGUGAAUUCUUUCCAUCUUUUUUUUCUGUAUUAAUAUGUAUAAUUUCGAGAUUUCAUUUAAAUUGUUUAAUAAAUUAACAAUUGAAUUCUUGUAAAAU